UACGACCAAUCGCAUGGCGUGUACUUCAUCAACUGCUACGCCCAACCAUCACUUAAGCUCGCCAUUGGUCAAAACGUAUACCUCAUUGAACCGAAGAACAUGAUCGUCCCAGCUGGUGAUGGCCGCUGUAUGUUGUCGUUGUUCGGAAUGGAUAGCGGUGGAUUUGGCCCAUCCUGGAUUCUUGGCGAUCCAUUCAUUCGACAAUACUGUCAAAUCUACGAUGUUGGCAGAAAGCGAAUCGGAUUCGCUCCGUCGCGUCAGCAGUGA